AUGGAAGGGCUGUGUGGUGGCGCCACCCGGGUCUCCAGGCAGGAGACUGUUGACACGGGCUAUGACACACCACAACGGCAAACACCAACCCAUGCUUACGUCUCCACCCCUGUUCCAGCCCCCAACCCCCGGCGUAACAACGCCCCGCCGCCCCCCCUCCCUGACUCCUCCCACAAUGCCAACAACUCCGCCCAGCGGCGCACGGCGCUCCUUAACUACGAGAACCUCCCGGCGCUGCCGCCGGUGUGGGAGACCGCCAGGCGCUUCUCCGAGGGAGACGAGGAGGAUGAAGAGGAGGUGUAUCACGGAUAUGGACCAAAGACGCCCUCCCUUAACGGCUACCACAACCACCACCAUCAUCACCACGGUCUGGGUCUGGACCCCAUGCACAACUACGUCAACACAGAGAAUGUAAACGUUUCGCUCAGCGCCAAGCUGGACUCUGCGCGGAUCCUUCCGCGGGGGCGGGACUCUAGCGGCCUCUGUUUGACWCCCACCGUCUUUAACUUUGACUUCCGGUCYGGGCGYCUGGCGGGCGGACCGUGUGGGUUGGAUCCCCUGAGGCAGCUGAACUACAUUGAGUUGGAGAUGGAGAGGGGUUCAGACUCCAGRGGGCCGCAGACACCCAAGACCCCCACCACUCCCUGUGGCGUCGGCCUGGGCAGUCUCCUCCUCCCCCCCUCCACCCCCACGCGGCGSACCGAACUGUACGCCAUGAUCGACAUCGAGCGCACGGCGGCCAUGUCCAGUCUUCAGAAAGCACUUCCCCGUGACGACGGUACCUCCAGGAAAACCAGACACAACAGUACUGACCUUCCUAUGUGAACUUCACCACGCCCCUACCAUACCUAGCCUACCAAGCACUGGCUGGAUCUCAAAUGGAGCCCUAUUCCCUAUAUAGUGCACUACUUUUGACCAGGACUAUUCAUAAAGUGUCUCAGAGUAGGAGUGCUAAUCUAAGAUCAGUUUGACCUUUUUAGACAGGAAGGAAUCUGAUGACCUGGACGGGGGGGGGUGGAUCUGAUCCUAGAUCAGCCCUUCUACUCCGAGAUGCUGAGUGCAUAACGACCCAGGGCCCAGAGGGUUCUGGUCAAAAUGAGUGCAUAACGACCCAGGGCCCAGAGGGUUCUGGUCAAAAUGAGUGGCAUAACGACCCCAGGGGCCGCAGAGGGUUUG